GGGGAUCCCAGGCAGUUUCUGUGCUGGAGACUGGGGGAAGGGAGAAUACAAGGAAAAGGAGCAAGUCCCAGCCUGCUUCCUCCCACGCGCGUCUUGAAGGAUCAGGACCACCCCGCACCCCAAGGAGAAAGAGGGAUUCCAGAGCGAGAAGAAUAAUUGAGACAAGGAACUUAUGUAACCAACUAUGUACCUGUUUUAUACAAAGGGAAGCCGUGAAGUUUACCAGAGAAAACAAUGGAUCUGCCUAAAAAUUUGGUUAAUUUUAGGCUUGUUUCCAAGAACCUGUGUAUCAAAUCCUUCAAAACCCAAUUUUUUACUGAUACUGGCUGAUGAUCUUGGUAUUGGAGAUGUGGGCUGCUAUGGCAAUGAUACAAUAAGAGAUGGGAUUUUCUUCUUUAGAACCCCUAACAUUGAUGGCCUGGCAAAGGAAGGAGUGAGACUUACUCAGCACAUUGCUGCAGCUGCUGUCUGUACCCCGAGCAGAGCAGCUUUCCUGACUGGCAGAUACCCCAUCAGAUCAGGCAUGGCAUCAAGCACUCAACGGCGGAUUCUCUUUUGGAAUGGGUGUUCUGGUGGGCUCCCACCAAAUGAAACUACUUUUGCCAGAAUACUGCGCCAGCAAGGUUAUUCUACAGCACUUAUAGGGAAGUGGCAUAUGGGUGUGAACUGCAAAUCCCGCCAUGAUCACUGCCACCAUCCUUUAAAUCAUGGCUUUGAUUAUUUUUAUGGCAUGCCUUUUACCCUUUUGAAUGAGUGUCAAGGCAUAGAUGACCCUGAACUGGCCAAGUCUUUGCAAGAUACAUAUUGGCUUUACACACAGAUGAUCAUCCUUGCAGUGCUUACUCUUUUGAUUGGAAAACUUACCAAUUUAUUCUCAGUAAAAUGGAAAAUAGUCAUAUGUCUGGCCAUCUGUGGACUCCUGUAUUUCAUCUCCUGGUUCUCCAGCUAUGGUUUAACUAAGUACUGGAACUGUAUCCUGAUGAGAAACCAUGAUAUCACUGAACAACCGAUGAAUCUAGAAAAAACUACUUCUAAUAUGCUGAAGGAGGCAGUUUCAUUCAUUGAAAGAAACAAGCAUAGACCAUUCCUUCUCUUUGUUUCCCUCUUACAUGUUCACACCCCCCUCAUUACCACAGAGAAGUUUCAGGGAAGAAGCAGGCAUGGCCCAUAUGGAGAUAAUGUAGAGGAGAUGGACUGGAUGGUAGGCAGACUUCUGGAUAGCAUUGAUAAAGAAGGCUUGAAGAAUGCCACAUUCAUUUAUUUUGCAUCUGAUCAUGGAGGAUCCUUAGAGGCUCACAGAGGAAAUGCUCAGCUGGGUGGAUGGAAUGGGAUCUAUAAAGGUGGAAAAGGAAUGGGAGGCUGGGAAGGAGGGAUCCGUGUCCCAGGAAUAGUUAGAUGGCCAGGAGUGUUGCCUGCAGGGGCAGUUAUCCACGAACUGACAAGCCUUAUGGACAUCUUCCCAACAGUGGUUCACCUGGCUGGAGGAGAAGUGCCUCAGGACAGGGCAAUCGACGGACGCACCUUGCUGCCACUGCUGCGGGGGACAGCUCAGCGCUCCGGGCACGAGUUCAUGUUUCACUACUGCGGCGCAUUUCUGCAUGCGGUGCGGUGGCAUCAAAAGGACAGUGGCACUGUAUGGAAAGCUCAUUAUACUACUCCAGUAUUCCAACCAGAAGCUUCUGGGGCCUGUUUUGGAAGAGGAAUUUGCCCAUGUUUCGGGGACGGGGUAACCCAUCAUGACCCUCCACUGCUGUUUGAUCUCUUGAAAGAUCCUUCUGAGACAAAUCCACUAUCAGCCGACACCGAGCCCUUGUUCGACGUGGUAACAAGGAGAAUAGGAGAAGCUGUAGAAGAGCAUCGCAGGACGCUGACUCCAGUCCCACAGCAGCUGUCUCCUUACAAUAAUCUGUGGAAGCCGUGGCUGCAGCCGUGCUGUGGCACAUUCCCCUUCUGUUGGUGUGAUGAAGAAAACAACAAAGCAGACAGCAUACUUUAAUACCAGAAUCAAAGUACACUUAGCUUAAAAAAAGCUGAUCGUUUUCAUAUUCAUAUGGCUACAGUCAUACAGAUAUGGGUCAAAUUACACUGAAGUAACUGAAAGGGACAUUGGUGAUUCAUUUUAUUCAACCUUUUCUCUUACUCACAGAAAUUCAAUAAGCCUGCAGCUUAAAAAAAAUUUAAAAAUGCUCCAAACAUUCCACCUAUGGGUCAACUGUAUGGCCUGUCCCUCAAGAGCAUAAACAAGUGAAACCAAAUUUCCUUCCUUACUGAUUUUCAAUUCAAGUAAAUUAUGAAUGGUAAGAGAGCAAUCUUUAAUUGCAGCUGUUUGUUCAGGUAAGAUGCUUGUUAAGGCAACAGGACUGAGCCCAGGAGGGAAUCUCUAUUCAGGUCUUCUCUUUUUAAUGAGAAAACUGUCCUGUGUUUAAAAGCACAAUUGCACAUUUAAUUUGGAAACAUACCAAAACAAAUUGGCCUCUAAGAAAUAAACACCUACUAAUUACAGUCAUUUUUUUGCCUAAUUUGUAGAUUCAUUUAUCAUGUAAGGAUUCCCAGGAAAAAACUGAACUGACAAAUAUGCUAUAGAAUUUAGGUAGCAAAAGUUAUUAUCUCAAAUUCAGCAGCAAAGUAUUCUGAAAUGCUAAACCACAGCAAUUGCUGCUGAGAUACAUUUUCCAUGGGGUUAAGUCAUCUCAGUUGCAAGAGCAUUGAAAAUCAUCACCCAGCUGCCUUGACAAGAUAGGUCACAAAUUUCACGAUCUGUGAGACCAGUUCAUAAGCUGCAUGUCCCACUUGAGUGAUAAUGCUCCGCAUUUCAGAAGAGUGCUAUUAAGCCCCAUGAAAAACCUGCUUUGUUUUGUGAGACAGCAUUUUGUUUUCAGUAGGUGGUGUUAAAAAAUUUCACUGUGCACACUAAUCACUUCAGUGUCCAGGUCAUAUUCUCCAAGCCAAACAAGUGUCAGCACUCUGUACAGUCAUUAGGCAUGGGGAAGGAAUUAAAAUAUCUAAUCCUCUCUUGCUGCCUUCAGGUUAAAUAAAUUCAUCUCUCAAUAUAUAAUCCUAACCAUGCUCUUGCAGGGUUUUUGAGUCAAAUCCGAUUUUAAAGUGGAGGUUCCUGCAUUUUCUGCUCCAAAAAAAAAAAGUAGAUUGUGUGCCAGAGACUCAGAUUCAAAUUUCUAAGCCUUCCUGAGCACUGUAUACUCACUCCCACCACACAGCUAAAUGUCACCAAGAUUUAAAAGCACCAAGGGACAGUAAGAGCAGCACAGCAGGUGCUUCAGGUGACUUGUUUCCUUAAAGCGAGCCACCUCUCAGAGCCACACCAGCGGAGCUCUGUUCAGUACCAGGGUUGUCCGUGUAUCAUUUUUUGCCUUUUAAAGGUGGGAGGAGGUAAGGCAGCCCCUGGCAACUGAGAAUCCCGGAGCAGAGCACUGCUCUCUCAGCUAUUCAGCCACAACAGCAGGUCCCAGCCCUUUCACCAGCCUCAGGACAAAAGAGUGUGUGUGUCUGGACUGUGCACCUUUUGCAGUGUUCUCAGGAAAGCUCAUGACCUACACCCCCGAGGUGGCGUGUCACUGCUGUAGUAAAUUGCUGUUAUUUUGCCCCAGACAUCACAGGUUGUGACCAUGAUGCAGCACCAAACGUAAGUCUCCAUAAAGCUGAUCGGGCAUUCCUUCAGUUUAUUUCCCUGUUUUACCUUUCCUCUUAAAGGUCACCAAGCAAGCUAUGUGGAAAUGAUUCCACAUAAAUGAAAGGACUAAUCUGACAGUGAAUUGACAGGACACAUCAAUGUCAGACUUGACAGAAGUAUCUAAAAAUACAUUUGUUCUUCCUGCUUGAUAGCAUUUAAGUCCACAUCAGCAUCGCUAAGAAUUUGUCGGAAGAUUUGACAUUUUUCUGUGGCUGACCGGGACUGAAAGCAGAGCAGCUGCAUUUCGCUGGAUUCAUGCGGAAAGAAAACACCAUAAAAGACCAGGCAUUUUAAAGCCAUUUUGGCCAAUUCAGAGAUGGAGGAGAAAUCUUAUUGCUCAGUGGGAAACGAAGCCAAAAGCUGUUCUCUAGAGUGAAGCCAGUCAGUUCAGCAACAUCCAUAUUGUCAGUUUAGCAUGAGGAUAAGCUUUUACCAGUUCAGCUCACUGGCCUCGCCAACCCGCCCGCCCCAUUUAUGCACAAGAACAUGCCCAGUCACAGAUGAGGCCACAAUUAGAGCAUUUACCAGGGGAUGGGAAGGCGUUUGAGCCCCCACACAGCAUGCAAGCGUAGGUCCAAGCUCCUCUUGACAGGCUGGGAAGCCCAGUAGCUCAGCAAAACCCCUGAACUCCACCUCCAAGAACAGUUUGAACGCUUUCAGCCCAAGUUUAAAGCCAGGCUAAGAGCUGGCAUCGUGAGCAGAGUGCAUUUGGUUUGGCUUAUGCCACAUCCACCACGCAAACCUGCCCUUGGCCUUACAGGAAAAACAUCACCCCACAUAACAGUAAACUUGAAAGUUUUGUCAAACACCUCACUCCUCUGAAAGGUAAAUUUGCUAAACUCCAUCUAGAGUCAGACACUAAGGACUCACGCGAAUACAUGUGUUGCCUUCCUAACAUUCAAAUGUAGAUAAUGUCAUCUUGGUUGGCAUCUGUGGAAAGCCAGAGGGGCUUUCAGGCAGGAGGUGGGGGGAAACAGGCCUGGCAACAGAGAACAAGUGGCUUUUGUCAAAUCACUGUUAGAGACCUCAACCAGGCACGGGGAAAUAUAGGGGC